CGCGCCGGAUGAGGCAGGGGCUGGCGACCGCGUUGUGGGCCAUGGGGCCGCGGCCGGGUUAGGGCGCGGCGAUGUCGGGCUACGCGCGGCGGCAGGGCGCGCCCCCACUAUCGCGGACGCGGAGCCUCGUAGUUCCCGACGAUUUUGGCUAUGGAAAGGGGAAAUGUACUAAACAAGGUCCCUCGGGAGCCCAUGAGACGCGCUUUGGAGGUGACAAACUUGAAGACCUUGAAGAAGCCAAUCCAUUCUCCUUCAAAGAGUUUUUGAAAACCAAGAACCUCAGCCUGUCAAAAGAAGACACAGCCACCAGUCGAAUUUACCAGAAGGAGGCCUCGAGGCACCCACUGGGACUAGACCACAACUCCCCUGUCUCCCAGCCCAUGGGAUAUGGCCUGGAAUAUCAGCAGCCAUUUUUUGAAGACCCAACAAGAGCCAGCAACCUAGAGGAGGAUGAAGAGGACGGGUGGAGCAGAGCCUACCUGCCGUCUGCCGUGGAGCAGACUCACUCCACGAGAGCCACGCAGAACUCAUCGCCCUGUGGCACCUACCUUUCCUUCUUUUCCAACGCGUCAGAGCUGGCAGGUCCUGAGUCUUUGCCCCCAUGGACACUGAGUGACACUGACUCCAGGCUCUCCCCAGCGUCUCCAGCUGGGAAUCCUAAUGUAGACUUUGCAGCUCAUGAAGAAUCCUUAGGGGACAGACACCUGCGGACGCUGCAGUUAAGUUACGAAGCACUGAAAGAUGAAAACUCUAAGCUCAGAAGAAAGCUAAGUGAGGUUCAGAGCUUCUCUGAAACUCAAACAGAAAUGGUGAGGACGCUCGAACGGAGGUUGGAGGCGAAGAUGAUCAAGGAAGAGAGUGACUUCCAUGACCUGGAGUCAGUAGUCCAGCAAGUCGAACAGAACCUCGAACUGAUGACCGCACAGCUCUCCAACUUCAAGCGAGAAAACGAAGCCCUGCGGUCAGGCCAGGGUGCCAGCCUUACCGUGGUGAAGCAGAACACCGAUGUGGCCUUGCAGAACCUCCAUGUUGUCAUGAACAGUGCACACGCAUCUAUAAAGCAGCUGGUGUCUGGAGCAGAGACACUGAACCUUGUUACUGAAAUCCUCAAGUCUAUCCACAGAAUUACUGAAGUUAAGGAUGAGGCAGACUCUUGAGAACACGACCUGCCGCCGGGUCCCGGCACCUCUGCACCGAUGGCACCACACAGCUUCCAACUGUGCUCCUAACUAAGCAGUCCUCACCAAACCAUCUCACAGCCUAAGCACGUGACCGGGCACCUGCAGUACAGGGCUCCUUUCCACCGGUUGCACCUAACAGUUUACAUGAAGUCCUUUGGGGAAGUCCCACUGUUUGAUAGACUCACUGAUUUACUGGAAGACAUUUUUAUAAAACCCAGCAAUUUUUAGAAAGCACUAAA